AUGGCUCACUGCGAACGGGCGUCGAAGCCAUUGCUUCAGUGCCUUCGCUCAAACUACUCAAGAAGCCUCACGGGCGUUCAACGCCAUGGGUUUCAUUCGACCACCGUGGCGGCUAGCGAAAAAGCCCCGGCCGAGUCGACGAGUGAACCGUUCUACAAGUCUCCCGAUCCGUCACUCGUUUCGAGUCCACGGCUAGAGAGACAAUUGAUGCGCCGGGGUGUUAACCCAAUUGGGUCUCGUCGACGUCGUGCCGCGUUGCAGGGCGCGUCCAACCUGCCCUUUGAACAGUUGCCCUACCAAUGCUUCCAGGAAGCGCGCAAGAUUCUACAGGCGGACCGGGAAGAAAAGCUGGCCGAUAUCCAGAAGAUGGAAGCAAGGAUUGCGAAUGUGGAAGCCACAUCGACCGAGCAGAUGGGUGAACAGGCGAAGAAGUCCAAGUUGCCAGCGAUGCGAAUUCAUCUGGAUCGACUCAAGAUUCUGGCAGAUAUCAACGAUCCUCUGGUGAAGAGGAAGUUUGAAGACGGACAAGGCGAUAUGAGCAAACCCAUUUACCAAUACCUGGCCGACCAAAAAUGGCGCGAAUACCGCCGCAAAAUUUUAGUUCAGCGAAUCACGCAGAUGAAAGUGAUCCCCGAUGUUCUGGCGAAAUGUGACCCUGUGGUGGACACCAGGCUCUACUUCGGCAAGAAUCAGAUUCAACCUGGCGAGUUCGUCCCCGCGAAAACCACUACCGUCCCUCCCAAAUUGGACGUGCAGCUCUUUGAGCGCGGAGAGAAACUGGUCACUAUCGCCGUCCUCGACCCGGAUGUUCCCAACGUGGAGACUGACAGCUUUGACUACAAGACGCACUUCCUGGCUGUCAAUGUCCCCGUCUCGGCUACCGCUACCAAAGUCGAUCUCUCUCAGCUUUCGGCGGAUUCCCAAGUCGUGCUCCCCUGGCUGCCGCCCGUUGCUCAAAAGGGCAGCCCCUACCACCGGCUCUCGCUUUUCAUCCUGGAGCAGGAUGGCUCCAAGCCGCUCGACUUUGCUGCCGUCAAGGCCAGCGAGACUGACCGGGAUGUCGUGCGUCUCCGUACUCUUCAGCGCCAGUACCAGCUCAAGGCUAUUGGAGCACACCUGUUCCGGACUCAGUGGGAUGACACGACUCUGGAAGUUAUGCAGCAGCUCGGAUUCGAGGGCGCGGAUAUGGAGCUCCGCCGGAAGAAGGUCGAGCCUCUUCCUUACAAGAGGAGAAAUCCUUCCUCGUUCAGGUGA